GCCUUUCAGCCUCGCGUGCCAGCGCCCGGACGCCGAAGUCGCGUCUCCGGUGCAGCUCGGGCCUCUCCAUCCGCCCUCAAAGGGAGCGAUGCUGAUCUCAAGGAGAGUGAAGGGACCUUCCUAGCCCUGGCUGCACCACGGAGCUCACUCUGGACAACAUCACUCGGUGGAGAAGAAGGACUGUGAGUUGGUGGCUGGGAGCCCACCACUGUCCAGCCAAGUGGCAGCCCAGAACCCAGGAGCAGCAACUGUGAUCACAGACACAGUGAGGAUAUGAGUGUAGGGGUUAGCACCUCAGCUCCCCUUCCCCCAACCUCGGACACAGGCAUGGUCACAUCCACCUUCUCCCUCGUGGACUAUGUGGUGUUCAUCCUGCUGCUGGUUUUCUCCCUUGCCAUCGGUCUCUACCAUGCUUGUCGUGGCUGGGGCCGGCAUACUGCUGGCGAACUGCUGAUGGCAGACCGCAAAAUGGGCAGCCUUCCCGUGGCACUGUCCCUGAUGGCCACCUUCCAGUCAGCUGUGGCUAUCCUGGGUGUGCCAUCCGAGAUCUAUCGAUUCGGGACCCAGUAUUGGUUCCUGGGCUGCUCCUAUGUCCUGGGGCUGCUGAUCCCUGCACAUAUCUUCAUCCCUGUCUUCUACCGCCUGCAUCUCACCAGUGCCUAUGAGUACCUGGAGCUCCGAUUCAACAAAGCUGUGCGGAUUUGUGGAACCGUGACUUUCAUCUUUCAGAUGGUGAUCUACAUGGGGGUUGUACUCUAUGCUCCAUCGUUGGCCCUCAAUGCAGUGACUGGCUUUGAUCUGUGGCUGUCAGUGCUGACCCUAGGCCUUGUCUGUACUAUCUAUACUGCUUUGGGUGGGCUGAAGGCUGUCAUCUGGACAGAUGUGUUCCAGUCACUGGUCAUGUUCCUAGGGCAGCUGACAGUUAUCAUUGUGGGGUCGGCCAAGGUGGGCGGCUUGGGGCAUGUGUGGGAUGUGGCUUCCCAGCAUGGUCGCAUCUCUGGGAUCGAGCUGGAUCCUGAUCCCUUUGUGCGGCACACCUUCUGGACCUUGGCCUUUGGGGGCAUCUUCUUGAUGCUCUCCUUGUAUGGGGUGAACCAGGCUCAGGUGCAGCGUUACCUCAGUUCCCGUACCGAGAGGGCUGCUGUGCUUUCCUGUUACACAGUGUUCCCCUUGCAGCAGUUGGUCCUCUGCAUGGGCUCCCUUAUUGGCCUGGUCAUGUUUGCCUAUUACCAGGAACAUCCCAUGAGCCCCCAGCAAUCUCAGGCAGCUCCUGACCAGUUCGUCCUGUACUUUGUGGUGGAUCUCCUGAAAGGCCUGCCAGGCCUGCCUGGGCUCUUUGUUGCCUGCCUCUUCAGUGGCUCCCUCAGCACCAUAUCCUCCGCUUUUAACUCACUGGCAACUGUUACAAUGGAAGACCUUAUUCGACCGUGGUUCCCUGAGUUUUCUGAAGCCUGGGCCACCAUGCUUUCCAGAAGCCUUGCCUUUGGCUAUGGGCUGCUUUGUCUGGGAAUGGCCUAUAUUUCCUCCCACAUGGGACCUGUGCUGCAGGCUGCACUCAGCAUCUUUGGCAUGGUCGGGGGACCGCUGCUUGGACUCUUCUGCCUUGGGAUGUUUUUCCCUUGUGCCAACCCACCUGGUGCCAUCGUGGGCCUGUUGGCGGGACUCAUCAUGGCCUUCUGGAUUGGCAUUGGGAGCAUAGUGGCCAGCAUGGGCUCCAGCAUGGUGGCCUCUCUUAGUAAUGGGUCCAGCUUCUCCCUGCCUAGCAAUAUGACUACUGCCACUGUGACGACACUAAUGCUCUCGACCACCCUCUCUCGGCCAACAGGGCUACAGCGGUUCUAUUCCCUGUCCUAUAUGUGGUACAGCGCUCACAACUCUACCACGGUCAUUGUGGUGGGCCUGACUGUCAGUCUCCUCACUGGGGGAAUGCGGGGCCGGCCGCUGGACCCUAGGACCAUUUACCCAGUGAUGCCAAAACUCCUUGCUCUCCUGCCCUUAUCCUUUCAGAAGAGGCUUUCCUGUAGAAGUUGCAGCCAGCUCCACUGCCUUUACUGUGCGUGUUCCCCAGGACCUGCCCCCGGACACCAGCCAGUUUCCAGAGAAGAUGCUGAAUGGAGUGCUGAGGGACAGCAGAGAGGAGGCGAUGGCCAAGGACAGUUCAGCCUAUCAGGGGAGCAGCCCCACCUUUAUCCUCCAGGAGACCUCCCUGUGACGUGGACACAGGACCCUGGCCUCUGUCUUCACUCUGGCAGGCAGCAGCCAGAGGCCACCCUGUAGUAUAGGGACGAGGCACUUGAUGUGUUCUGCAAGAAUGGGUCUGGAUGACCUAGCCCGUACCAAAGCUCUUUGUUCUUAGAGAUUCUCUCCUGCAUGAGAAGCUGUCACAUCUCAGGCGUGUGAGAGUGGGUCAGGGUUUCUCCUUGUUCUUUGCCAGUCUAUUCUUUAGAGGACAAGGCUUCCAAGGGGCAGGAUUGUGCCAGAAGUGAGGAUGGAAACGAAUCCUCUGGGGAAAGGAUGAUGGCUUCUGAUUUAACAUAGCCAGGGUCCUUUGAAGUGUCUAGAAACAGUACUUGUGGUCAUAACUGUUCUAAGGUCCAAUUUGGCAAUAUUGACCAUCUCCACCAUAAAACUUGAGGCUGCCUUGGCCAGCUGUUGCUUCCCUUCCAGUCCCAUCUCUCAGUGAUUCUGUCAGCCUCAGUGGGCCCUGUGAUUACUUUCAGGUUGUCUGUGACACCCAAGCCCCUCUCAUUGUCUGUCUACCUCCAUUCUUGAGAGAGAGGUUUUGGUGUCCUUCGGCCUCUCGCAAUAGACCUCCAUCUCAUUUGUGUAGAGUAGGCAGAUGUUUUACCUCACUGACCCCACCCUCCACCUCUGAGAUGGGCACUUGGGGACAGGGCAGAUGUGGAUUCAAGAGACCAGGUUCAAGACUGGGUCCACUGUGAAGUGUGUCAUCCACCUGACUCCUGAGCUAGGCCACUCUAGUGUCAUUCUGUUUCCUUUUGGAGUUUCUUCCCCACACAUCUUUGUUUUUAGGGAAUAAAAACUGCCAUUGGACCUUGAA